AUGUUCCGCACACCGGCGCUAUCCCACAAUCAUCAUCAUCACCCAAAGAGCCCCACAAUGUCACCGUCAAGCUACCGCCACCUCCUCGUCAGUUCCGCGUCAAACUGGAAUUCAAACUGCACUAUGCAUGAUCCAGGCAGUGGGGACUCUAUCGCAGAACUGCGCUUCUCAGGCAGAAGUGGCAGUGGCAGCUUGAUCAUUUGGGACAGAUCUUCUACAUUUGAGGUAAGAAAGGAAGGGCAUGGUACUCAUUGGACGCUUCUCGGAUCCAACGGAAAGGGGAGGCUGGCCACUGCGACGAGUGGUAAGAGAAAGUCUGAGCGUGUGGUGAAGAUUGAUAUGGGAAAGUCGUCGUGGGAACUCGUGAGUGGGCGGAGUCGGAUGCGAAAGCGAUGGGACUUAUAUAAGCUUAGUUCAGGAUAUUCGAAGAAGGGGUCGAAACACGUCAGGACCACGAAGAAGAGGGAGGACCUGGUAGGGGAGGUCGUGGGGCACGGGUGGAGGAAUGGCGAGCAUGCUGUCUAUGUGCGUGAAGAUCUACCGAUGGAGAUUGUUGCUUUCGCUGCAUGGAUGGUGAGAAAAGGGGCGAAGGGGGAUAAGCGCGCUGCGGAGCGGGGUGGAUAACGUAAGAAGUGAAUUUCAACAAAUGAAGAUUUCCAUCAACAUGUCGUGGGUCUGUUUUCGUCGUGGAAAGUAUCGCGACGUGUGAGGAUGAUGCAUAGAUGCCUUCCCGUUGGGGAAGAAGGGAACCUCUGAUACCCAGUUAAGAGCUGUGGGGGGAACGAAUAUGUGGAGAAGAGAUUGCAGAACUGAUUGCAGAACUGAUUGCCGUAAGGGCCCGCGCUUGAAGGUAGUCUUGUGACCUAGACAUACUGGAGAGCGUAAAUUUACGCUUCUGUGAAAAAAAGGGCGAUGACUUCCGCCGCCGUCGCGUGCUGUCGGACGGCGGCCAUAAAUACUGUAAAAAUGUCUACAACAAGGGUAUCAUACGUCAGCCUGCAAGUUGUGAGACAGAAUUCUGCUA